UGUGUGCACGGGAAGGCCCGCUUCUGGGCGCCUGGGCUGCUGCCUACGGGCUGCGGGAGGAGGGAGAGGCGAUUGGGCCGGGCGCCACCUCUUCCCCCGCCCGCCCGGCCCGCUGCGCCCGCCCCCGGGGACUCCUCCCCGGGCCCGCACUUGAAAGGCAGGAGCUGGACCCCGCCCUGGCCCUAAGCACUGGCCCCCAAUAUUCAGGGUCUCAGUCCCCGCGGAGCCGUCCCCUGGCGCGAUGGUGGCCGUCUGGCUGGUGCCCGUCGGGCAGAAGCUGCUGCUCUGGGGCGCGCUCAGCGCCGUCUCCCUGGCGGGCGCCACCCUCAUCCUGAGCUUCCUGCAGAUGAUGGCGAGCUAUGCGCAUAACUGGCUGCAAAUGAGGCCCAUCCCCACCAUUCCGGGCGCCUACCCCUUCCUGGGACACGUGCUGCUCCUGGAGCGAGGAGGAAAAGAGUUUUUCCAGCAGCUGAUUCAUUACAGUAAAGAAUACAGACAUUUGCCAAUGCUAAAACUCUGGCUUGGCACAAUACCAGUAAUAGCCAUGGAUAAGGCCGAAACUAUAGAGCAUUUGGGAAUCUGUAGAUUAAGAAGAAUUUGUUGUCUUGACUAUGCGUUACUUGCUUUGGAUGUUGCUUUUCUCUUUGUAACCAUGUCUUGUAUUUCUAGUACUGGAAACAAAUGGCGCUCCAGGAGAAAAAUGUUAACACCCACUUUCCAUUUUACCAUUCUGGAAGACUUCUUAGAUGUCAUGAAUGAACAAGCCAACAUAUUGGUUAAUAAGCUUGAAAAGCAUGUUGACGGAGAAAAAUUUAACUGCUUUUUUUACAUCACUCUUUGUGCCUUAGAUAUAAUCUGUGAGACAGCUAUGGGCAAGAAUAUUGAUGCUCAGACUAAUGAUGAUUCUGAGUAUGUCCGUGCAGUUUAUAGGAUGAGUGAUUUGCUACAUCGAAGAAUGAAGACAAUUUGGUUCUGGCAUGACGUUUUGUACCUUUUGUUUAAAGAUGGAAGGGACCACAAAAGGAACCUGAAGAUCUUACAUAAUUUUACCACCAAUGUAAGUCCUCAUUUUUUUUUAUUAUCCAACUGCUUUGCUGCCCAGGGCCAUGAUACAACUGCAGCUGGAAUAAACUGGGCCUUGUACCUACUGGGUUGCUAUCCAGAAGUCCAGAAAAAAUUAGGCAAUGAACUGGAUGAAGUGUUUGGGAAUUCUGAUUGCCCUGCUACCUUAGAAGACCUGAAGAAACUUAAAUAUCUGGAUUGUGUUAUUAAGGAGACACUUCGUAUUUUUCCUUCUGUGCCUUUAAUUGCCCGUGAUCUUAAUGAAGAUUGUGAUGUUGGGGGAUACAAGGUUGUGAAAGGCUCUCAAAUACUCAUCGUGCCCUAUGCACUGCAUAGAGACCCACGGUACUUCCCUGACCCUGAGGAGUUCAA